UAUUUAUAACUAUCUCUCUCCCAAUAAUCUAUAAAAGAAACCCUUUCUAUAUUUUUUUUUCUUUCUCUCUCUUUUUUUUUUUUUCCUCGCUCUUUUUCUUUUUUCAAAUCAAUCCUCUUCUUUAAACAUAAUGCUCCCUUUUGGCUCCAUUUCUCUCUCUCUCUCUUUGUGGUUGCUAAGUAACACUCAAAAAGCAAAAAAAUUACUGAUUUGUCACACAUUAGCUCCCAACAGCUUUCCACAUGGUGUAUACUCUUCUUUGGGGUUCUUCCAACCGCAACUGCAAAACUAUUCUAAGGGUCAAUAUGUCUUCUAUUUUUUUAUUAUUUUGAGGAAUUGUUCUUUUUUAUAUUUUCUUGUCGUCGCCCUUCUGUCUCUUUUUGUAUCUGGACGAUCUAUCUUCAGUCUCUCUCUGAGUGUUUCAAUUUUUGUGUCUGUGCUAGUCUUUCUCAAGGAAAAAAAAAAACUUCAUUCUUUCAUGCACCCUUAGAAAUACAUUUUAACUUUUUUUUAUAAAUAAAAUUGUCC